AUGAUGCCUUCACGUCCCGCGGGUUCAAUUAAGGCGAUGGAUUUAUCACCAUGUACUGUUCAACCAUGUACCUUUCAACACGGCAUCAAUGCCACGGUUAAACUGGACUUUAUUACUAAUUCUACCAGUACGAGUCUGAAGACCCAAGUAUAUGGUAUCGUAGCCGGUGUACCUAUAGCUUUUCCUCUACCUAACCCUGAUGCCUGUACCGGAUGUGACGUAACAUGUCCUAUUAAACCAGGAACAGUUUAUGAUUAUGCAAACAUACUUGCUGUCCGUAAAGAAUACCCAUCACUAAGUCUGGUCGUCAAGUGGCAGCUGGUCGGUGAUAAUAAUGUCGUCAUAGCAUGUGUUCUCUUUCCUAUCACCAUCGAUGGUACAGAUACCGAACCAUUACCAACCAUUAACAAACCAUUACCAACCAUUAACAAACCAUUACCAGCCAUUAACAACAAUUCAAAAUUAUACAAACCGCCUUUUAUUUCCAACAAAUCAAACAAUCCAAGCAUCAAAUCUUCUACAAAAUCUAACAACCAUUCCUUUGUUUAAAUUUGUAUAUUUCACGCUUCUUAAUCUAAUCAUUAUCAUCUAAUUUACAUUCAGUUUGUCUUACAUAUCUUACAGACCCUUGGACCGAACCUUGUGGGACACCCCCCCUUACUCUCUAUAUUACCAUUAGAACAGCAGCGUAUAUCGAUUCAGAUACUUUCCCAUAUAACUGUCUUAACAAACCAAAGCAAUGUUAUGUUGUUGGUAUUUGUAUUUUGUGCCCUAUACUGUCCGAAAAUCUGUAUUUGCAACUUCACAUGACACAAAACAACCAUUGUUGCUCAUUUGACGACCUAUGAUACCCAACAUGACUACGAGUAUAUAUAGAUAUAUGACUGCUUGUCGUUUUGAGAAUUCAACACGCACACAACAAAAUUCUUCUAUUUAAUUAUUUUUAUUUGCAAUUUUGAUUUCACAUGAUCGACAAAUUUCUGAAGUUCUUGUUCAAUGAUUUUAAACAAAAUGGAAGCUACAUCUUA